AUGUCAUUCGAUCACCACUCUUCGAGGCUCAACACAGCUAGACGUCUAGCGCCCGUUAUCGUCCGGACACCGUUCAAACGACCUCUGUCUGCUUACCAUCCACCGUUUGCGAAUAAAGACACGAUUUCCAUCGUCUACAACGGACCAUCUGUGUUUGUCAUCCUUCUUUGCUAUUGCCAUCUCCUUGCCCUUGUGUGUCCCCUUUUUAGUUUUGUUGAGAUUGAAUGUCGACAGGACGUUAAUCAAAUCGAAAAUUAUUUCCAAAUUCUUUGCCUCACCGACCGCAGAGAGGUGCCUCAGUUAUUCAUUGAUCGAAAACAUAUUGGUGGACCAAAAGAAAUUCUGCUUCUGCACCGCACGGGUGAUCUGGAAAAAAUCUUGCAAAGAAUAGCGGAUGAAGAUGAGGAAUUUCAAAUUAUUAACAUGCAAACAAAAGAGAAAGUGAUAAAUACCAGUGAGGAGACCAAAAGAAAUGAACAAAUCAGUUUCACCUAA